AUGUCCUUACCCACACAUUUGAGUCACAAUGCUUCGCAAUUACCUUUCUUCUGUUCAUCGAAUUCUCUUCUAUUCUAUCUCGAUGAUUCCAACACCUUUUCUCAGGUAUUAACACUUUACAACCCAUACGAUUUUGCUGUGCGUUACAAAGUGCUAUGCACAGCUCCACGAAUAUAUUCUAUUGCUGAAUCUCAAGGAGAAAUUCGUCCUCAACAUUCAGUUGAUACAAUUGUACGUCUUCUUGAUACGUCAUCUUCUUCAUCAAAUCAGAAUGUUGCACAUAAAAUCCGUAUACAAUAUUUCGAUCGUCGAAAACCACAAGAUCUUCUAGGCAAACGAGAUAUAACAUGUACUAUAUUAUCUUAUAAACCUUCAGAAGAAAAUUUCGAUGAAGAAAGUAAUCAUUCAUCAAGUCGAAUAAGAACAGCAACAAUAACGAAUAUAUCACAACAAGAAACAAGAGAUCCAUUAGUUAUAUUUAUUUUAAGUAUACUUGGUGUUCUAUGUGCAUUGAUACUUAUAUUACCUGAUAAUGAAAAUAAAUUAAAUACACAUUUACCAACGUAUUUACAUAUGACAACAAAUUCUAAAGUUAUAGCUAGUUAUAUUCUUGGUCUUUUAACUGUAGUUUUCAUUCGACGAUAA